AACAACAGCUUCAGGGUCACAAGUUCUCUGAAAAUGUUGGGGUAGCCGUGGCGAGAGGGCGCUGAGCCGAGGAGCGUCUACACUCCAGCGGCCCAAACUCUUCACCCGGUACCCCACUAAAGAUGCCACUCCCGGCACACCUCCAGAGGAUUGUCUGCCCUUUAAGCCGCUUCAUGUGUCCUGCUGGGAAGUGUAGUCCAUGGAGGCGAGUUUUGAGGCCGCCGGACUACAACUCCCGGCGGGCCUCGCAGCGAGAGGACUACAGCUCCUGGCUUACUAGCUGCGCGGUCAUGAUGGUAGCUGCGGCCGCCGAGCGGAACAAGGAACCUAUCUUGCGUGUGCUGCGGCAGUACAUGGACCCAGCCCAGCGCGGCGUCCGCGUACUUGAAGUGGCCUCCGGCUCCGGCCAGCACGCGGCCCACUUCGCUCGGGCCUUCCCCUAUGCUGAGUGGCAGCCGUCCGACGUGGACCAGCGCUGCCUGGACAGCAUCUCGGCCACCACUCAAGCCCAGGGGCUGUCCAACGUGAAGGCCCCGCUGUACCUGGACGUGACCUGGGAUUGGGAGCACUGGGGCGGGAUCCUGCCACAGUCGCUGGAUCUGCUGCUCUGCAUUAACAUGAUCCACAUCAGCCCCCUGAACUGCACCAAGCCCUAUGCUGUCAACGGGAAGAUCUCUCCACAGAGUAACGUGGACUUUGACCUCACCCUCAGAAGCAGGAACCCAGAGUGGGGACUUCGGGAUACAGCCUUCUUGGAGGACCUGGGCUGUGCCAGUGGCCUGCUCCUGGAGAAGAUGGUGGAUAUGCCAGCCAACAACAAGUGCUUGAUUUUUCGGAAAGAAUAACCCCUCCUUCUCUCGCACGCCUGUGUCCCCAGUGGGCCUCUUCUGGGACAGACCCAGACAGCCAGCCCCUGCCUCCCCAGACCAGGUCAUGGGGACUAACCCUGCCCAUUUGGGGGCCUCUUGGUCAGUGUCCACAGGGCUGC